GUUGUGUGAGGCGCUGUGUGAGGGGAGGGGGGGGAAGAUGGCGGCGGCGGCGCGCGGGCUGCUGGCGGCGGGGCUGUUCCGCGGGCGGGUGGCUAUCGUCACCGGCGGCGGCACCGGCAUCGGCAAGGCCAUCGCCGCCGACUUGCUGGCGCUAGGUUGCAGCGUUGUUAUUGCCUCUCGUAAAUUUGACCGAUUAAAAGCUGCUGCAGAAGAACUAAACAAUACAUUUUCUUCCAUGAGUCCUGCCAAAGUGACUCCCAUACAGUGCAAUAUCCGCAAAGAAGAUGAGGUAGAAGCUUUGGUGAAGUCUACACUGAGUCUGCAUGGGAAGAUUGACUUCCUGGUGAAUAAUGGAGGGGGCCAAUUCGCAAGUCCUUCUGAAGCCAUCCGUGCAAAAGGCUGGAAUGCUGUGAUAGACACGAAUCUGACAGGGACCUUCUACUGCUGCAAAGCAGUGUACAAUGCCUGGAUGCAGGAACAUGGAGGAGUCAUUGUCAACAUUACUGCUGCCGUGAGAAAUGGGUUUCCUGGAAUGUCGCAUACAGGAGCUGCAAGAGCUGCAGUGAAUAACCUAACCAAGACUUUAGCUUUAGAAUGGGCCCACAGCGGAGUAAGAAUCAACAGCGUUGCUCCUGGUCUAGUAUUUUCAGAAACUGCUGUUGCAAACUAUGGAGAACAAGGUAUAAUGAUGUGGUUAAAGAGCAUACCAAAGGUUCCUGCCAAGAGGUCAGCAGUUCCUGAGGAGAUCUCUCCUGCAGUGUGUUUCUUGCUAUCUCCAGCUGCUUCUUUCAUAACUGGGAUAACCCUGGUCGUGGAUGGUGGCCAAAGUUUAUAUAGCCAUACCCUAGAAAUACCCGAUCAUGACAGAUGGCCCUCGCCACCAGAAGGAAAAAAUUAUGAAAUGCUUAAAAGCCUUCUUUCUGGCAAGUUCAAGCCAAAGCUGUAAAACAAUGAGAUUUCACCUUAUUCCCAGUUGCACGCUUGCUGAUAAUCUCGCUUUGUGAUUCGCGCUUACUGUUCUAAGUAAUACCAUUUUUUUGCUCAUACGUAACUACCUUGAGUGCCUUGACUUUUUGUUGGUUUAUACUUAAAACUUGAAAGGCUGUACAAGGUAAAUUUCUUCUCUGAAAACACUCACUGCGCUGAAAACAUUCAAUCUCUUGGGAAAAGAAAGUAUAAAAGACAAAAUCUCCAUUUGCACAGCCAUUAAGUAAGGAAGAAUUCCAGAAGUGAAUAAAAAAAAAUUACUUAUUUUGAAGUGAAGGGGCAGAGAGGAGAUGUUGUGGAAUCCUUCUAUUCUCGAUGAAUUUGGGGAGAAGGUAAUUUAAAUCUCUCUUGUUAUUAUUGGUCGCAUCAAUAACAUAACCCUUGAGGUAGCUGUUAGCUGUAUACUAUUGCUGUUCAGCCACACACUGAUUUUAAAGACUGAGUAGGUAUUUCUCUGAAAAGAAUUAAAAAUAAGGCAGAAUGCUGUUAUUAAUAUUUGAAACUAACAUGGCAUAUCAUAUUGGGAAUGUCUUGAAUUGUUUGCAGGUAUGACUACAUAGUGGAGUUAAGCUGGCUGCAACUUAAAUUUUAUAAUAGAAUAAUCAGAUAAUAAGCUUUUACAUACAGUGAUGGAAAAUGGUAUAGAUUCAACAAUUUAAUAUGCAAGAUCUUGAAGCAAAAGCUAUAGUGUAUAUUGCAGUGCUUUCUAUGGUAUGCUGUACUGUUAAAGGAGAAACUUGGAAUCCUCCAUUUACCAGUUAAAACACUUUCUAGCCAUGCUGUGUUGUCUUACAAUGUUAACGCAAUUUUGCUCAUCAGUGUCUCUAAAAUAGGUGUGAUUUUUGUGGUCGAUACAGAUAUUCCGUUUAAAAAAAAAAAAAAAAAUCUUGUGAUAUAUCACAAGGCUAUAUUUGUCACUAUUCACUUUAAGGCAAGUGUUCCCAUGUCUGAUAACUUUAAUCAAAGUAUAAAAAAUAAGUGAUGACCGUGUUUGCUGUAACAACUGAAAUGUGUGGAAUCAGGUUGCUGCUAUAGAAGCAGCCUCAUUAAUACUUCAUUUUGGAUUGAAUGUAAGAGUCUCUGCCAGUUGUUUGUUCUCUGCAAAGAUGUUUGACUUUUGUGUCUUUCAUUAAAAUAUGGAAACUUA